AAAUGUCAAAUAUCAUCGAAUGUUCUGAUAAUUCACCUUUAAAGAAAAUAUUUAAAGCCGAUGAAUGGAAAGAAAUUAAUGAAAAACAUUCAUUUCAUAUUGAUGUAGACAUUACUGUCUCUCUUUAUUUGAAUCAUUUAGCUGAUUUUCUAUGUGAUGAUAACAAUAUCAUUAACGAUGAUCAUGAAAUGCUUCGUCCACCUGAUGAUAGUUUACGACAUAUCGAGUUAAAAUUUUAUUACGAAGCUUUAGUAAAAUUUAUCGAUAUUACAUCAAAAGUAUCAAAAGAACAUAAAAUUAAUGCUAAAAAGAAAAAACUGUACGAUGAAAAAAAAUUAGUCUCUAAAUCUAAUAGAGGUCAUCAUGUUGAUUUGAUAAUUAGGAAUAUAUUAAAUAUAGAUCUAAUGGUGAUAGAAGUUGUAGGCCCUCCGCAUCGUAGAAAUUAUAAGAAAAAUCUAGCUUGUAAAGAUUCUUAUGAAAAAUUUGUUAAUAAUUUGGUCGAAAAGUAUGGCAAAUGGAUAGAUAAAAGUGUUAUUUAUAACAUUUAUAAUCAAUUAAAAAUUUAUUAUGCUCAUGUACAUGUGAAAUGGUAUAUUUGGACAGUUGACCACCCUGGUAAUCAAGUGUAUAGGGCAAGACCUUUAUGUGAAUUUAAUAUUCCUUAUAAAAAGAAAGAUAGGCGUGUCAAUAGUAUCUCUAAAUUUGUUGAAGAAUUAUAUGAAUACUUAAAACAACAGGCGAAAAACAAUCCAGAUAUAAUACAAGAUACAGAAUUUGCCAGAAUAUUGUUAGAUGGAUGCGCAAUUACAAAUCCUACGCCCUCAAAUAGCCCGAGAGAUCCCCCGUACGAUUCAAGUAGCACUUCAUCAGAACAUAUAGAAGAUAUUUUAUCUUUAUUCAUAGAAGAAAAUGUUGAGGAGCUGCCAGAUUCAGAGAAUAAUUGGGAUACACAUGAAAAUUCUGACUACAAAUUAGAGUAA